CACUUCACUAAAGUAGAGCUUCGGCCAAGGACGAGGGGAAAAUGCCACGCAAGAUAGAAGGCUUUUUGUUAUUGCUUCUCUUUGGCUAUGAAGCCACACUGGGACUAUCAUCUACUGAGGAUGAGGGCGAUGAUCCCUGGUACCACAAAGCGUGCAAGUGUGACUGUCAAGGAGGAGCCAACACUCUGUGGUCUGCAAGAGCCACCUCCUUAGACUGCAUACCAGAAUGCCCAUAUCACAAGCCCCUGGGUUUCGAGUCAGGGGAGGUCACACCUGACCAGAUCACCUGCUCCAACCCAGAGCAGUACGUGGGUUGGUAUUCCUCGUGGACUGCAAACAAGGCUCGGCUCAACAGUCAAGGCUUUGGGUGCGCCUGGCUUUCCAAGUUCCAGGACAGUAGCCAGUGGUUACAGAUAGACCUGAAGGAGAUCAAGGUGAUUUCAGGGAUCCUCACCCAGGGGCGCUGUGACAUCGAUGAGUGGAUGACCAAGUACAGUGUGCAGUACAGGACCGAUGAGCGCCUGAACUGGAUUUACUAUAAGGACCAGACUGGAAACAACCGGGUCUUCUAUGGAAACUCGGAUCGAACCUCCACAGUCCAGAACCUGCUGCGGCCCCCCAUCAUCUCCCGGUUCAUCCGCCUGAUCCCGCUGGGCUGGCACGUCCGCAUUGCCAUCCGGAUGGAGCUGCUGGAGUGUGUCAGCAAGUGUGCCUGAGGCCUGCUCAGCUUGGUGCCUGCCAAUAGGCAGAGCGGGCCUGGGGGCACCCCUGACACACCACUGGGACAGAUAGGGCUGUAUAUUACAAAGCACUUUUAAAUGCAGAGCUGAGUAGAGAAUAUUUCAUUUUGAAAAAAAGAUAUAGUUUCCAAUUUUCAGUGAAAGAAAAAUGAACUUAUUCCCCACUCAGAGCCAGAGUAAGUAAGAACAAAGAAAAUGUCCCUGAAAACAAUUUUCUUACAAAAACUUAAGUAGCAGGGGUAA